AUGACCGACCAAGCCAAUAUCAAAGUUCUGACGCCCAGUUCUAUGAACGUGCUGUUGGGAAAUCCAACACUACUGGCGCGUCUAGUAGCCUUUGUGGGGUCUGUAGAUACGCGACUGCUCGUAUGCUUGAAUCGAAAUUGGGCAAGGGAAAUGAUGAAGCCAUCAGUCUGGGAAAUAUCAGCUGAAGUUCCUUACGAACCGCUUCUGAUUAACUGUUUCCGUCGUGCUGCAAACUACUGUUAUCGAGAGGUGGACGCACCUUCGCCCAAUGUGAAUCGGCGAGGGUCGCCUCCUGCAAUUCGAGCUUGUUUACUGAAUGAACGCACGUCGAUGCGGGAGUACGUACAUGACUUAAAGUAUAUGACAGCGGAGAACGAGUGGUUUGAUAGGCCUCCGCGGACAUUUAAUCUAGAGGAGGUACUGGAAUUAAAGAACGAGGCGCAUAGAAGUUUUUCCAAAGCAUUUGAAAACCCAGUGCUGCUAAACAACCGAUACGUUCGAAGCCAAGAGGCACGAUUAGUUUCGGGUGCAAUUGACGAUGAACGUGCAACCUUUUACUCGUGGUCGCUGGAGAAACAGCGUCUUCGCGCUUCGAUGACACAACCAAAUGCCACGUGCUACGAUGUCUGUGAUGAAGCCUUAGCUGUUGGCUGUACAGACGGUGUGGUCAAAAUUUGGAGCUUUUCGUCCCUGGAAAGUCGCAAUCUUGAUACAACAACUAUAACGAACGCUCCACCAACAACAUCGAUAUCCCAUCGUUCCAGCCUCGGAAUGGUUCCCUUUAUUCGAACGCGGGCGAAGGAUAAAGUAGUCAACGUUCGAAUCGACCACAACGAGGGAACAUUCUUGCAUCUGGCGACGUCGACAGAGAAAGGAGAGGCAAAUGUUUGGGAUGUUGCGAAAGGAGAAAUUAUCAUGUCAAUCCCAUCUAGUAAAAUUCACAAAUCAAUGCUGCCACGUUCGCAGAGAGAGGCAUGCCCUCAAAUUACGAGCAUGAUGCUGCUGCGUAAUACUCUCGUUUGUGGUACAUCAUGUGGUCUUAUCCGGGUUUUUGAUAUGCGUAGCAGUCGACUCACACACCGACUUGCUGGCCACCCAGGCGCUGUCGUCAACGCAGAUACUAAAGGAAGAGUUUUAUGGUCUGCUGGCAAUGAGGGCACUGUCCGCUGGUGGGGGGGGAAGUGCGCGAAAAUCUUGACGAAGUCAGCCUUGUGUGAAGGAACCAUCUCGGCGCUCGAGAUGGAUGAGACUGUGGUUGUUGCAGGUUACACAGAGCAGGGCAUGGAAGCCUGGGAUGUUAGAACUCAACAAUCCUUGUGUACAUUUAGCAAUCACGAGCACGGCGGUGUUAAGGCGCUUCAAUUUGAUAACCGUAAGCUAGUUAGUGUGUCAUCAACCGGCAAGGCAGCUCUUUGGAGAUGGUAUGAGCCUAACCCGGUACGAUGGUUCGGACCCACAUCUGCCACCUCACGAUUUAUCUCGGCCAAAUUUAACGAUCGGCAUCUUGUUUUUGGGACCGAUUGUGGCGAGCUUGUGGAUUACGAUCGGCUUACCACGAUUUUGUAA